UGCUGAAUACGUUAAUUGCAGUUUAGGAGGAUGUAAGCGGCCCUACGUCAGCCGACGACCAUUUCAGUGAUAGAAGUAGUUCCGCCAUCAUGACAAACUGACCACAGUUUGGAAGCUGUCAGAGCUUGGCCACCCCCCGAUCACUCACUCACUCCACUCACACACAUACAUACAGACAGACCACAAGAACAAGGGAUAAAUUGUUUGUUUAUUUCUUUCCAACAAAGGGAUUUAUUAAACAAUCAUUUUAUAUCACGUGUGAAAGGGGAAAAAGAACGGAAGAGAGAGAGUGAGAGAGAGAGAGAGAGAGAGCGUGGUGUGUAAAAGAAAAAAAGUCGAGUGGAACCCUCUCUUUUUAAAAAUUUCAUAAAAAUGUCGGGUAAUAUGGGUAUGGAGCAGCUUAUUCCUAUAGUGAAUAAGUUGCAGGACGCUUUUGCCACCCUCGGGGUGCCCAUCUCUUUGGAUCUGCCGCAGAUAGCCGUCGUUGGAAGUCAAAGUGCAGGAAAGAGCAGUGUGUUAGAGAAUUUUGUUGGCAGAGACUUUUUACCCCGAGGGUCUGGAAUUGUGACAAGACGGCCUCUUGUUUUACAGCUAUUUCAUAACAAAAAUGAAUAUGCUGAGUUUGUUCAUUGUAAAGGAAAAAAAUUCACUGAUUUUGACAUGGUUCGCAAGGAAAUCGAAGAUGAAACCGAUCGUGCUACCGGCAGCAACAAAGGGAUUAGUAAUAUCCCAAUUAAUCUUAGAGUAUUUUCCCCACAUGUUCUCAAUCUGACUUUGAUUGAUUUACCUGGUAUGACUAAAGUGGCUGUUGGGGACCAACCAGCUGAUAUUGAACAACAAAUUAGAAGUAUGCUCUUAGAAUUUAUACAAAAAGACAAUUGUCUCAUUCUUGCGGUAUCACCAGCCAACUCAGAUCUUGCAAAUUCUGAUGCUCUCAAAAUUGCUAAAGAAGUAGAUCUACAAGGGGUCCGAACUAUUGGAGUGAUUACCAAAUUAGAUUUGAUGGAUGAAGGCACUGAUGCUCGUGACAUACUUGAAAACCGUACAUUACCACUUCGUCGAGGUUACAUUGGAGUUGUAAACAGGAGCCAAAAAGACAUUGAUGGCAAAAAAGAUAUCCGAGCAGCACUUGCUGCAGAAAGAAAAUUCUUUCUUAGCCAUCCAUCUUACAGGCAUAUGGCUGAUAGAAUGGGAACUCCUUAUCUUCAGCGUGUCCUUAACCAACAAUUGACUAAUCAUAUAAGAGACACUUUACCUGCUCUUCGCAACAAGCUACAGUCUCAGUUACUUUCGAUGGAGAAAGAAGUUGAAGAAUAUAGAAAUUUCCGCCCAGAUGACCCUGGGCGGAAAACCAAGGCUAUGCUCACAAUGGUACAGCAAUUUUCAGUGGAUUUUGAUAAAAAUAUAGAAGGAACUGGCUCCGAAAUUAAUGUCAUAGAGUUAUCAGGAGGAGCCAAAAUUAACCGAAUUUUCCACGAGCGGUUUCCAUUUGAACUUGUGAAGGUGGAAUUUGAUGAAAAAGAACUUCGCCGUGAAAUUAGUUAUGCUAUUCGAAAUAUUCAUGGUAUUAGAACUGGUUUAUUCACACCAGACAUGGCUUUUGAGACAAUUGUCAAAAAACAAAUUGAAAAAUUACGUGAACCAUCUUUAAAAUGUGUUGAUAUGGUUGUUUCCGAACUUACAAGUGUAGUGAGAAAAUGUACUGAUAAAAUGUCCCGUUACCCCCUUCUGCGAGAAGAAACAGAAAGGAUUGUUAAUUCUGUUAUUCGUGAGCGUGAUCAGAAAUCUAAAGAUAAUUUACUUCUCUUGGUUGACAUUCAAUUAGCAUAUAUGAAUACAAACCAUGAAGAUUUCAUUGGUUUUGCAAAUGCUCAACAAAAGUCUGAAAACACCAGUAAAAGAAAACUAGGGAAUCAAGUAAUACGUCGAGGGUGGUUGACCUUGCACAAUAUCAGCUUCAUGAAAGGUGGAUCGAAAGACUUUUGGUUUGUCCUGACAGCAGAAACUUUCUCUUGGUUUAAAGAUGAAGAGGAAAAAGAAAAGAAAUAUAUGCUCCCAGUGGACAACUUGAAAGUUCGUGAUGUCGAAGCCGGAAUAUUGUCGAGACGUCCUACAUUUGCCCUGUUCUCUUCUGAAAAUAGGAAUGUGUACAAAGACUAUAAGCAGCUAGAAUUGUCUGCUGAAAGUCAAGAAGAAAUAGACAGUUGGAAGGCAUCAUUCCUACGAGCUGGUGUUUACCCAGAGAAAGCCCAAGAUAAGGGUGAUGAGUCAAAAGAUGACAAUACAUCCAUGGAUCCUCAGCUGGAGCGACAAGUGGAGACCAUCAGAAAUUUAGUAGAUUCCUACAUGAGAUUAGUUUACAAAACACAUCGGGAUUUGGUUCCAAAAACUAUUAUGCAUCUAAUAGUAAAUGAUGUGAAAGAUUUUAUAAGUGGUGGAGAAAUGUUGGCUCAGUUGUAUGCGUCUGCUGAUCAGAAUACUUUAAUGGAAGAAUCCUCUGAAGAGGCCAUGAGAAGAGAAGAAAUUCUGCGCAUGUAUCAUGCUACCAAAGAAGCAUUGAAUAUAAUUAGUGAAGUGACCACUAGUACAGUGACUACUCCACUCCCUCCACCUGUAGACAAUGAUUGGUUGCGUGCAGAAAGAGCAGAGAAUGGACCCUCUAGGUUAGCUGUGAAAAAUGGAUACACGAAAGUUAGCAGGCCUUCUUCACCUGGACCAAGCAGACCUCGUGGGCCGCCAAUGCCACCUUCUAGGCCAGUACCUACGCCAUCUAUUCCAAGUAGACCUGCACCAAAGGUCCCAAGUAGACCAGCUCCUGAUGCUCCACAGGCUGCUAUGCACAUGUCAAGUCAGCCUCUUCGCCCAAUCCCUAGUAUUCCACCCAGGAUCCCUGAGCGACCAUCGAUGCCACAGCGUCCUCAGUGAUCAUGGGAACUGUGCCAGAGAGAAAGAGACACACAGAGAUGUGCAUUAAGUACAUAUUGCAGCUAGAUCAAACACUCAUAUAUUCCCCUAGAAACAAUGAUUUGAAGAUUAAGAUAACUUUUGAGGAAUGGACGAAAACAGAACUAUUUGCAGCAGUAGCAGCACUUCCCAUUGUCAUUGCAAUUAAUACCACUAACAAAAAAUUUCUUAAUUACAAAUGUUUAAUUAUGGUCACUGUUCAAUGAACAUUAUCACUAAUAAUAAAUAAUAAUAAUAAUGAUAAUUACGACUAAAAUACCAAUCAUAAAAUGAAACGCUAAAGGAAAUCUACACAAAGUGAUUCUGUUAUUGCUGUUAUAUUGUUAUUGUUAUUAUUAUUAGUACUAUUAUUAUUAUUAUUGGAAACCAUACAUGGUGUGUAUUCCUUUAGCAAAACUGCUCGUUACAAUUUUAUGAUCUAAUUAGGCAGUUACACACAUUAGGGAAAAAAAACAGUAUUUUUUUAUAACAAAAUGUAAAAAAUAAAGUGUACUGAAAUAAACAAAUUUAUAGUUUAUGAACAUUUCUUUUUUUGUGACCACUAACAUUUUUAGAGACUUAGUUGGUUUUAAAAACAUUGUCAAUUCGCUGCAAAUAGUGCAAAUAUAAAUAAGGUCAUGUUUUAUUGAUGGGCACUAGUAAUUAGCCUUCCAAAACACCAAAGCUCUAAAUUUUAAUUGACAACCAGUCAAUACUCAACUAAACUUUUAUUGGUGUUUAUCAAGCAAGGAAUUAACAAUAAAUUCUAAAUUCUUCAGUAAGGCUUGUUUUGUUCGACAUGACUGAUCCACUACGAUUACUAUUAAAUUGCCCAAAUAAUUUUAAUAUAUUAUAAAAUGAUAUUUUAGAUGCGGUAAUGGUUUAUCUAAAAUUAUAAUAUAUUUAAAAGAUGGAAAAAAAUAAUAAACAUUAUUUAAAAAUGGAAUUUUAAUUAUUAAAAAAAAGAAAUGUGCUAAUGACAUUUGUUUGGUGUGGUUAAGUUUUGAUAAUUGUUUGACAAUGAAUGAAACUAUUAGGUUUUGAGAGAAAUUUAGUUUUCUCUUCUGGCAUUCCUAAUGGUAUUCCACUUACAGGACCACUACCAUUUUGAGCAAUAAUAACUGUUAUAUGUAGCUUAUUGUUUUUACUAGAUAGUAAAUAAACAAAAUCCUAUUAGAUAUAUCGAUGUAUGUGAUGUGGAAAAAGGGAGAAAUAAAGUAUUGGUGCGAAGAAGCAGAAGAAUGAAUGAAAGAGGGAGAUGGAGAAACAGUGUGUGUGUGUGUGUGUAUAUAUGCGUGUGCAUGAGAGAAGAUGUAGUUAUUGUUAAAACACAAUAUGAAGUGUUUUCUUCCUAAUGCUAUUGUUAAUUGUGGAGAUGUGGUAGUUAGUUAAGUCAUAGAUAUAUAUAUAUAUGUGUGAUUGUGUUUGUAUGCAAUAUAUAUAUGUAUAUAUAUAUAUAUACACAUAUAUAUAUACACAUACACAUGCAGAAACAUAGUGUUACUUGUAGAUGCUACUUCUAAUCUUACUCAGUAUUUCUGUAAGCCAAUUAAUACUAAUCAAUAUUUCUGUAAACUUUGAUGCAAAUUAGUUUUUUUUUUUGGGUGGAAAGUAAUUGAAAUUGUUGUGAUUUCAUUGUAAAUAUUGUGAAUUAAUAACUGGAUGUUGUUACCUCCCUUCUCAGUACUGUUCACAAAUCUCUUCUCAGUUGGAAAACUUUGGAAAGUUGUACACUCUGAGGAACUAUUCACUUUGAAUUUGUUUACAGAGAAUUUUCCUGGCAUUUAUUUUUUAGUUUACAAAAACCUUAGAUUUAAUUUCUUUAUUAAAUUUAAAUUAAUUUCUCUCUCCUUUUCUCUCUCUCUCUCUCUCCUACAUACACAUACAACACAUGCACACACAUAUAUUACUUUUUUUCUUUUUAUAAUCUAAAUUCUUUAAAUGCAGGUGGUUUUCUUUCAUUGUUUGAUCAAGGGAAUUUAUUGUUGUUAAAUACUGUAAUUUCUCUACCUAUAUUUAAUGUUUUUGUUUUUAAAUGAAAUUUCCAUUUUAAAAAAAAAAAAAGGAAGGACUUAUACAGUAAUAAAGAUUAUUUCCCCCUACCCCCACACA